AUGAGUAUACUCCUGGCAGCUCAUGUAUAUAUCAUGGAGGUAGAAAAGACUAACCAUGAUAUUGCACCUCAUGAGGACAAUGACGAUAACGUUCAUGACAGUACACUAUCAAGUAAUUCAACUCAAGAGUCGACGUCGUUACUAAUAUUGAUGGAAGAAGGACAGAUUUUUCAAAAUGCAAGUAAGCUGAGGAAAGCAUUGUUUGAAUAUGGUAUUGCUCAUAAGUUUACAUACAAGUUCUUAAAGAACAGUCCGGAUAAAAUAAUUUGUGUUUGCAAGGUUGAAGGUUGUCCGUGGAAAUUGUCGGCUUAUGCUAUGGAAAAAAAUACUUCGUUCCUCAUGGUGACACAUUUUAUCAAGAAUCAUAAGCACUCAGCUCAAGAUGUAUUGGAGAGUACUCACUCUUUCAGAUCUAAUUUGGUGUCUUCAAUUAUUGUCGACAAGUUGAGAUUAACUCCUGACAAGUUGCCUAAUGACAUACGAAAUGAUAUUUUCAAGGAAUACGGAUUUUCACUAACAUAUUACCAAGCUUGGGCUGCAAAGGAGAAAGUAUUAGCUGAAAUUAAUGGCGUACCUAAAGAUUCAUAUAUGCUAAUUCCUUGGAUAUGUAAUCGUUUAGUGAAAACUGAUCCACAAACAGUUGCAAAAUGGAUAUGCUCUCCUAGUUAUCAAUUUGAAAAGCUUUUUGUUGCAUAUGGGUGUUGUGUGACAGGUUUUCUUCGUGGAGCAAGGCCUAUAUUAUUUAUUGAUGGUUGCCACUUAAGUGGUCCAUACAAGGGAACUCUUCUAGCUGCCUUUACAUGCGAUGCAAAUAAUGAUUUAUUUCCGAUUGCGUAUGCAAUUGUUAGUGCUGAAAAUAAUGAGAAUUGGCUUUGGUUCCUAUCUAAUUUGAAAGAACUAACUGGGUCAAUUCCAGUUACGUUAAUAUCUAAUAGGCAUCCAUCAAUUAUUGCAGUUGUGGAGCAAGUAUAUGAUAGGGAUAGACAUGCUUAUUGUUAUCGACAUGUGAAAGAAAAUUUUUGUGCAGAAACUAAAAAGUUACAGAGGGGAAUACGCAGUGAAGUAAAAGAAGAUGCAAAAAAAUUACUAGACGCAGUUUGUUAUACCCAUUUUAGCACAGAAUUUAUAGAAGCUGUGGAACAACUUCGUGCAUUUUCACCAGAACUUGCAAAUUGGUUAGAGACUAAAGGAGAUAUUAACAAAUGGACAAAGUCUCAAUUCCCUCAUCGACGAUGGGAUCUCAUAACUACCAAUGUAGUUGAAUCAUUUAAUUCAUGGAUAAGAAAAGAGAGGACUCAUAGUAUUUGUGCUUUAAUAACAGAGCAUAGAGACAAACUUGCAAAUCUGUUAUAUACUGCAAAGUUAGAGAUGAUUAAAUGGAAGAAUGAAGUUGGGCCAAAGAUUGAUAAAAUAUUGAUGGAGCAUGUAGUUAGAAGUGAGUUUCUUAAAGCAGUGAGAUAUGGAGAUCAUAAUGUUAUGGUUAGAGGGUCAAAUGUUGAUGUAUGUGUGAAUCUACUAUGCAAAGAAUGUACAUGUCUUGAAUGGCAAAUGACUGGAAUUCUAUGUCCACAUGCUUGUGCUGCAAUUAAAUUAUUACAUGGCAACAUCUACACCUAUGUAGAGGAGUGCUAUCUGAAAAGUUCACAAGAAAAGAUUUAUGCGAGCAGUAUGAUCCCAAUUGAAACUCAUGACAUGCCUGAUGUCAACAACCUGACCCUAACAGACUGGGAGAAUAAUAUUUUUCUUAUGCCACCUACAACAACUCGUCCUCCGGGAAGACCAUGCAAGAAGCGCCGAGAGUCAUAA